AUGCUGCUCUCCCAGCUACGAACAUGCAGCAAACGUCUGGCCAACACUAGCCGCUCAUUCUCGAGUCUCUCCCCAAAUGCGCCUCGCACAGCCCUGGUAGUCCAUCGGAGGGAGUUGGGCUUGACCUCCUACAACGCCUGGACCUCACAACACCGCCGAUAUGCUGUCGCCGCGGAAGAGACGGACAAGGGCGUGGAUCCUUCAGAUAACUUCUUAUCAGGAAACACCGCCAACUAUGUCGACGAGAUGUACGCCGAGUGGAAGCGUGACCCAAAGUCCGUCCACGUAUCAUGGCAGGCCUACUUCAAGAACAUGGAGAGCGGCGAUAUGCCCGUGAGCCGCGCUUUCACGCCUCCACCUACGAUUGUUCCUCAACCGGUCGGCGGCACCACUAUGCCGACUUUUGGUGGCGCUGCUGCAGUUGGAGAAGGCGACAGCAGCGAUGUCACAAACCACUUGAAGGUCCAGCUUCUCGUGCGAGCGUACCAAGCACGUGGACACCACAAGGCCAAGAUUGAUCCGCUGGGUAUUAGGAAUCAGAACUUGCCCCAAGGAGGCCCUCAGGGUGUUCCGCGAGAGCUGGAACUGAAGGCGUAUAACUUUACUGAGAAAGAUAUGGACAAGGAGUUCUCACUGGGACCUGGUAUUCUUCCACGAUUCAAGACCGAAGGGCGAGAAAAAAUGACGCUGCGUGAGAUCAUCGACACCUGCGAGCGCCUCUACUGUGGCCCGUACGGUAUUGAAUAUAUUCAUAUUCCGGAUAGAGAUCAAUGUGACUGGCUCCGACAGAGGAUAGAAGUCCCGCAGCCCUACAAGUACUCAGUGGAUGAGAAGCGGAGAAUUCUUGACCGUCUCAUCUGGUCUUCCUCUUUCGAAGCUUUCCUGGCAACGAAGUACCCCAACGACAAGCGUUUCGGUCUCGAGGGUGGUGAGUCUCUCAUCCCUGGCAUGAAGGCUCUUAUCGACCGCUCUGUCGACUACGGCGUCAAGGAUAUUGUGAUUGGAAUGCCCCACAGAGGACGUCUCAACGUCCUGUCCAACGUCGUCAGAAAGCCAAACGAGUCUAUCUUCUCGGAGUUUGGUGGCUCAGCCGAGCCUUCAGAUGAGGGUUCCGGAGACGUCAAGUACCAUCUUGGUAUGAAUUUUGAGCGUCCCACUCCAUCUGGCAAGCGCGUGCAGCUUUCUCUGGUUGCCAACCCAUCUCACUUGGAAGCCGAAGACCCCGUCGUGCUCGGAAAAACCCGCGCCAUUCUGCACUCCAACGGCGAUGAGGAGCAAGCUACGUCUGCAAUGGGUGUUCUGCUUCAUGGUGAUGCUGCUUUUGCUGCCCAAGGUGUUGUAUACGAGACUAUGGGAUUCUACGCGCUUCCCGCGUACCAGACUGGAGGCACCAUCCACAUUGUUGUAAACAACCAGAUCGGCUUCACCACCGACCCACGUUUCGCGCGUUCCACGCCUUACUGCUCCGAUAUCGCCAAGUUCGUCGACGCGCCUGUUUUCCACGUCAAUGGCGACGAUGUCGAGGCCUUGAACUUCGUAUCUCAGCUUGCUGCCGACUGGCGCGCUGAGUUCAAGAAGGAUGUGAUCAUUGACAUCGUGUGCUACCGAAAGCAGGGACACAACGAGACUGACCAGCCUUCUUUCACUCAGCCUUUGAUGUACAAGCGCAUCAAUGAACAGCCACCCGUUCUUGACAAGUACGUGAAACAGCUACUUGAGGCGAAGACAUUUACCAAGGACGACAUCGAUGAGCACAAGAAGUGGGUGUGGGGCAUGCUUGAGGAUUCAUUCACCAGAUCAAAAGAUUACCAGCCAACAGCGAGAGAGUGGUUGACCAGCGCGUGGCACGGAUUCAAGUCACCCAAGGAGCUUGCCACCGAGGUCCUUCCCCACGAGCCAACUGCUGUGGACGCCGAGCGACUGAAGCACAUUGCCAAGGUCAUUGGCGAGCCGCCGGAGGAUUUCCACGUCCACCGCAACCUGAAGCGUAUUCUAGCGAACCGCACAAAGACUGUGAGCGAGGGUAAGAACAUCGACAUGUCCACAGCGGAAGCUCUUGCAUUUGGAACCCUCUGCAUGGAGGGUCACCAUGUCCGUGUCUCCGGUCAGGAUGUGGAGCGUGGCACCUUUUCGCAACGCCACGCGGUCCUUCACGACCAGGAGAACGAGGAAGCCUACAUUCCUCUCAAGCAUGUGGGCAAAGAUCAAGGAUCAUUCGUCAUUGCGAACUCCAGCUUGAGCGAGUACGGUGCUCUUGGUUUCGAGUAUGGUUACUCGCUCUCGUCGCCCACCGCAUUGGUCGUUUGGGAAGCCCAGUUUGGUGACUUUGCGAACAACGCUCAGUGCGUCAUCGAUCAGUUCAUUGCCUCAGGAGAAGUGAAGUGGCUUCAGCGAUCCGGUCUUGUUAUGAACCUUCCACAUGGAUACGACGGCCAAGGACCCGAGCACAGCUCUGGUCGUAUGGAGCGUUUCUUGCAACUUUGCAACGAAGAUCCCCGCAUCUUCCCAUCUCCUGAGAAGCUCGACCGUCAACACCAAGACUGCAACAUGCAAGUCGUGGUCUGCACCACUCCCGCUAACUCGUUCCACAUUCUUCGACGUCAAAUGAACCGGCAAUUCCGCAAGCCGCUCAUCUCGUUCUUCAGCAAGAGCCUGCUACGUCACCCACUUGCACGCUCUCCCAUUGAGGACUUCACUGGUGAGAGCCACUUCCAGUGGAUCAUUCCAGACCCAGCACACAACGAGGACGCAGAGUUCAAGAUUGAAUCGCAUGAGAACAUCAAGCGCGUCAUCAUUUGCUCCGGACAGGUCUUCGCAGCGCUCUUCAAGUACAGACAACAGAACGGCCUGACCGACACUGCCAUCACCCGUGUCGAACAGCUGAACCCAUUCCCGUGGGCGCAGCUCAGAGACAACCUGGAUAGCUACCCUAACGCCGAGACCGUCGUUUGGUGCCAAGAAGAGCCACUGAACGCCGGAGCCUGGUCUUUCGUGCAACCUAGAAUCGAGACUCUGCUGAACAACACCCAGCAUCACGAUAGAAAGCACGUCAUGUACGCGGGUCGCAACCCGAGUGCGUCGGUGGCCACUGGUCUCAAGAGCACGCACAUGAAGGAGGAGCAGGAUCUUUUGGACAUGGCGUGGGCUGUUAAGCAGGACAAGCUAAAGGGAGAAUAG